AUGAGUCGUGAGGAACUAACUGCAAGUCUUGAUAACCAAAUCCUAGUUACUCCCAGUAGUAGUUGGGGCGACAGUCUAAAAGACAUGCUGAAUUCAGAUGCGGACAUCCGCCUCUCCCACUCGCCGUCAUCCGUCAGUUCUCGUUCGCCCGUCGACACUGCGUCGACUGCUGCCAACCGGGUACCGUUGGCCAUUGACCGUAAGGCCAGCGAUGACUCAUUAUGCAGCACUCAGGGCUUUACGCAGCUGGCGUACAUUGACCCCGACGAAAUGUCACCUGAUGACAAUGCCCAGUUCUUGUUGUUUGCGAUUUUCUCCCUUUCCGCCCGCUUCUCUCAUGUCGACAGCUUCUCUGUCGACUCCUCCUCCCGAGAGACCUACCAUAUGAUUGCUAUGGAACUUUUCCACAACACGAUGAACACAACAUGCCCUAUGGUAUGCCAGGCCCUGCUUUUGAUGGGGUACUACGAUUUAGGAGUUGGCUCGGGAAGCUGGGCUGCUGUGUUCAUAGACAUCGCUAUCAGCAUGGCACGGAGCUUGGGAAUGCAUCGCUCUCCGGAGAGUUUGAAGCACUCUGCUGCUUCCUUUCUGUCUAAGUCUGAUCAGGAAUUGCGUCUGCAAAUAUGGACGGGUUGUGCUAUUCUGGACAGAUUUGCUGCCGCCUUUACAGGACGAACUAUGGCAAUCCGUCCUCUAGAUUCCGACGUCCCAGCCUCUAGCAUCGGAACGGUCGGAGAUGAAAUGCAGAGAUCCCCGUCUGCAUUCAAACCGCCCUUCAGGACUAGUUCCAAUAUGAUCAAUCAAUACCUCGAUGCUUUGGGCCGCCUCUCCAACAUCACUAGCACCAUCAUCGAGGCGGCAUACCCUAAUGCGUAUCAAGGCAAUUCUACAAUGUAUAAUGCCAUAUCGCAAAUCGAGGACGCUUUGGAGAAAUGGUACUUGGAGCUUCCCUCGAUCCUGAAGCUUGAGUCGGACAGAACAGCGGAGACAGCACCCGUUGUGCUUCUUCUACACGCCCAAUACUGGUGGGCUUGUAUUGUCUUGCAUAGAGGCUUCAUUCGAGUGGAGGAGGCCAACCUCUCCGGCCGUCUCGAGUCGCCCCUGACAGACACUUUGCGUGCUAGAGCCGUAUCUCAAUGCCAGAACGCAGCCAGUCGGGUUGUCUCCAUAGCAUCCGUCUGGUAUUCAAAGUAUUCGUUGGCACGAGUUUCCCCAUUCCUUUUAGGGCCCGUAUUGGAUGCAGCGGCGAUUUUCCUCGUUGUCUUGAAAUCGCAGCCCUGGAAUCCGCACACUCGGCUGUCACUGCAACAGUGCCAAACAGUUCUGGCAGGCGCUAAGGACGUGUGGCCCAUGGCCCAGACGAUAUCAAGCUUGCUGGACAGGACAGUAUCGACCAUAGAGGCCGCGCUGGCCGCUAAUAUCCAGAUUUCAGCACCAUUGUCGAGCGCUAUCCCCUCGUACGGUGAGAGUUAUAUUCUCCAGAGCGGUCCCGAAGCAAGCACCUCGGCACUCUUCUCUCUUCCAUCCACCGCUAGUACGCCGUAUUCGCCCAUCGAUACCGCCGCUUCCGCGUGCAAUAUCGGGGGAUGGAGGAACCUUCCUACAGUCAAUACAGCUAUGACAGAAGGGAUGGGUCUUUCAGGGGUUCCUUUGGCUUCUUGGCCUGAACCAUUUAUCACCUCUUGAUCACCCGGGAUUUCUGGCGACUUGCGCGUAAUUUAAAUGGACAAGAAUUUGACGGACUACGCAGUCGUAAAUUAUCCGCAUAUGUUAUUCUCGGAAGGCGUCGC